UUGUCAUCACAGACUAAAAUAGGACGUGAUGUAUGUUAGUGAGGUUGUGUGCAGCCGUGAAUGACGGAUGGGAAAUGAAAUUCCUGGCGGUGUAUGUGACCUGAAAAUGUCAGGCUACGUAGAGCCCAACUCUAGUUGUGCCUCUGAUUUGACCACGGUAUGUUAAUAAGCCUGCGAGAGAUCCACGGAAAGCAACCACAAGUCUGCUCAGUCAGACCAACUGCGCUUUGGCCAGGAAAACCCCCGCCACCACUGACAGUAGAUCUGAAGUAAAAAACUGUUCCCCUGCAUGCCACUGAUGACCGUGGUACAGCCGUCAUUAAUAGCCUUCGGCGAUUUGGACCAAGUCUGUAGAAGAUACGGUUUGUCAGUUCCUUAGCUAACAGGCAGUGAUGUGCCGACACAGGGAGGAAGGGAUACUUGCUGAAUGCAGGCUGUAACACGGAGGCUAUGUACAGGUCAGGGACGAUGGCUUACCAUGGGAACUGCUGUGUGUGCGCCCUGACACUCUGUCUGUGUGUGUUCGGCAGUAUGUCCACAUCCACAGGCGUCUGCCUCCUUCUUAGUUACAAGAAAUUUGGCGGUAUGUCUUCAACGGAGCGCACCUUUCCGACCGGGGACUGGACGAAAGUUGCCGGCAUUGUCAUAAGCAGUGCUGGUGCUGUUAUGUUCAUUAGCGGAAUUCUGUUAGCCUUCUGCUGUCUCACUACUGGUAUGACCCCGAAGUCAAAAGAAAAAUCACAUAACAAAUACGAGAUUUUUCACAACGAUAGCGAGGACCAAACUGAGAAAAAACAGGAAUCCGAAAAGUGCCAAACUGAACGGAAAUCCAGAACGAAGUCGUCCGGAACUGUUGAUGUAAAGAGUGUAUCAUUUGUGGACUGUGCUUACGACGUGGCAUUUAUAGAGCAGGAAAACACCGGUGCUAAGGCUCUCCAACAGCCAUCUCCGAAGCGAAAUGAUGGGGUAGAAAACAACGCCAUUGAGUGUGUAUCGGAGGGCGAGACUUGUACAGACCUCGACAUGGAUAGGGAGCCGCGGAUAGAAUAUCCCAGUGUUAAUCUCGACGCAUCGAAGACGUUCCCAGAUGUCCAUAGAUACCACAGCGUUACCAUAUAAUUCCACAUAAAGUGCCAAAUACAGUAGGGAAUUGUGCAAUACUCAAAGAUAAAAUGCAUGGAUUGACAUCAUUUUAUUAAAAUCUUGAUAUUAACCUGUUUUCGCCGCGAUAUAUAGCUGCAUAAUAUUCCUGAUGUGAAUUGCGUAAUAUUAUAGUGAUUAAUUCCAUGGUAAUAUUGUGUUUGGAAGGAAGAGAAUUAUUGUUAUCACAGUUGCACGUACAUAUAUUCAUGAUGCACUUAAUCCGCAGUAACACUGGAUCGUACAUCUAUAUGAUUUCUGGGUCCGUCUCCACAAAGCUGCUUGUGACUUAAGUCAAACUUUAAAACCUCUUCAAAUUGAUUAUUUCUUGGUACUGAAAGUUGAAAUUUAGACACAUUUGUCUUGAGAAAACAUUGAUAAGGCGGGGAACAAAAUACGCGUUAAGAUCGUAUUCCCAAUUUUUGACUUAAGUCAGAACUGGCUUUUUGGAAUCUGUAUCGUGAGGUGAACCGACACCACCAAUCAUCUGCUGGCACGAUCAUUAGCACUGCACGACCAAUCGUGUGCCUGCGUCAUUCCCGAUCAGCCACGACAGGUGGUGCAACCAUGCUCAACUGGUGGUACGACCUUUCUGCGACCAGUAAAGCUCGGCAUAGUGGAGAGCAUAAGACACGACUUAACUCAACCCAACGGGUCGUACAAGAUUCACCCAAGACGCUGAAGGUCAUAUGGAGUUCAUACACUUAACGACUUCAGGACAACUCCAGUUGAGUUGCGUCGUUAUUUAUCAUAUAUAAGCUUUUACAAGCCGACGCAGCAGUCUGGCUGAGAUGAGCUAGGCUUUAAGCUUCAGUCGUUAUGUGCAUGUUGGUUUAAUCCACAGUCGUACGGCCAUCAGCCACUGGGAUCAUCAGCAUACGACCAGUUAGGCUCUCGUGCAUACAGAGUAUUAUGAUUUGAAAUCGCAGGUCAGAAGUUUUGUAUAUCAUCACCCAGGACUUCUGCGGAAAAUCACACCAUCUGUCUACGAUCUGUCCACGAUACCAACAAUUCGGUCGUAGUUAGGUGAUACAUUGAUCGCAGGAAUGAAUGGUGUCAUUACCACACAAGCCUUCAAUGGUAUGAGAUACAUUAUGUCCCAUCGAUAUGAAGCUACCUGGUCUUUAACGGUAAAGCAGGUGAUAUUUUUAAGCUAUUUAUUGACCAUUUUGUGUUCAUUUUAUACCAGAACAAGUGUCGUAUGGCAAUUUUGGACCAUAACGGUUUCUGAAACUUAAAUAUAGGAUUUAUCUUUUUAUAUUUGUGCGUGUCUUUAUGAAAUGACGGUAUCCUUGUUCAAAUCCGGAAAGGGAAUGAGUGUAGAUAAGUGUAUGUUAGGUAUGGAUAAGUAACGAUGUGUCCAGGGUAUUUGUAAGUGUCAUGUAUGAAGGACAUUUUAAAUGUAAACACUCUCCAUGAAUGGAUGAACAUGCGUGCAUUCUGUUUCGAAAUAUCCAUUGAGAGUGUGCUAGAGUUGCUAUAUUCACAUUUUCGUUUGACACAAAUUAUAGGUUGAUAUUUUCCCUGCAUGGUAUAUAGAUGGCCCACACAGGACUGCGAGCCAUAUUGGUAUAGAUUCCUAACGUCUUUCACUUUUCUUGGUAAUACAUACGUGUAGAGUAUACCACUAGUGUAAAUGUUGUUUACAAUUUUACUUGGCAAAAAUCUCCGCAUGUGCAAUCACAAUAUAGUAUACUGAUUUAUAAUGAUAUGACGGUGGAGUUUGACUUGUCUUUAGCGCUAAUAGACAUGCAGCCAGUCAGCUACUCCUGACUCUAUAUGUCCGAUAAUGUACAGCGAGGGAUUCUACUCCUUGCUUUGUUGUCCAUUCUUCACAAGCUCUUAUCGAUCCAUGUUAUAUAGAUGUCUUCCCAGUGAGAUCUUUGAUCUUUUGUUGCUCACAGGUAUCAAACUUGUUGCAUGGCGUCUUGAAUAGACCUGUGGUUCUAUAGUUCAUCCAUAGCUGACCAAACUCUUACGAUACCACAGGUUUGUACAACAUGUGGUAACACAACCAGAUUUAUCCAAGGUUGUCAUGACAACCUUAUGCCUGGUCAUGAAAGAGUCACUGUGUACUGAAGAUGCCGUCUCAGCGGAAUGGUAAAGUUCCAUCAUCAGCACUUCAUGGCAACUCCUACCACUCGAAUUUUUGUUUCAUCUUGCAGAAUACUGGUUAUGGUGGGUUUUUUUGUGGUUAGCCUACAUUUGUUAUAUUUUACAAAUGUGUGAAAGAGCAGUGUGAUGAGAGUUGUGAACUUGUAUCAUUUCAAUACGGAUAAUUACAACAAAGACAUUAUAAUGUUGCAUGUAUUUUUGUUGACCGGGUUAUAAUAGUAUUAAACGCUUUUACAGGACGUGCGACAUCAUACACCCUAAAGGCAUCGGAAAUUAUACUCCUUAUGCGCAUGCGCCGCUCCCAACGUUCUUUACAUCACCGCCACCUCUGGCAAAUUUUGUAUAUAAAUCUUGAACUACGCCGAGGUCACUGCUAUGGUGAUAAGGCAGGAAUUGAUGUAAGAAAACACCACAACUCUUUCUAAUGUUUCUAAUAAUACUUUAUACACAUACAUUCUGUUUACCUAAAGCACGCACAACAUUUUUCUAAUCAACACCUGAAACAAUUUUAUUGCUGAAUGCUGAUUAACUAAUCUACGAGAGGACACGGGGGGUGGGGUUAAGCGUGAACAGUCCUACGUGUCGCGCGCAGGCCUCUAAGGUCAAGCUUUUAUAGUGGUAGCAGUGAUCUAAAGCGAAACAGUCGCAUGCGCUGUAAGGAGUAUGACUGGGUAUUGGAAUUAAAACCAUCAGUUUAUGUACGAUAUUCUUGUGACAUGGUUUUACAUGUCCUGCUACUUAGUUACUAGGGUUAGAAGAUGGAAGGGUCAACAGAAAUUAGUAUUCACUCAGAAAUCAUUGUGAUUAAUUGUAGCAUUUAUACUAACCGAUUAUGUAUAUACAUUUAUUCUUUUGUACCGUGCAGGUGUAUGAUAAUGUCUCCACACAAAAUUAGGGACAUCACAGCUGAAGAGAUAGAGGUGUGCUGAAAGCAAUUUGACAGACAAUAAGUAUUAUUAAGUUUGUGUUUCAAUAUUUUGGUAUGUUGAGCCGAUUAGCCAUGAGGGCGUUUGACAUUCCAUCAAGAUAAGAUUUUAUAUGGUAACAGAAGAAAGUGAAACAGGUUUUGUUUACAUUCUACAGACAAUAAAGUUCGUUCGUGAUGAU